AACCAUGAUCAGCAACCUUUUAUUUCUCCUGUGCAGCGCGGUGCUGUCACAUACGCAGCCUCACGUUUUGAGACUUUCGCGUGCACUUUUUGUCUUAAAAAUGAGUAUUCCGAUAGUGGACUUUGGUGCAUACAGCCUGGGUGAGAGAGAUGUCACCGAGGAGCAGCUGCACACCCUGAGCAAAGAGCUGAAAACCGCUUUUACAGAAGUUGGCUUUGUUUUUCUGAAGAACACGGGGAUUACUCAGGAGGAGGUGCAUCGAGUUAUGGAUGUAUCCAAGAGAUUCUUCCUGCAGCCAGAUGAGCUCAAACAGCCGUUCAGCAGGAAAAGCUUUGCGAACAACCCGAACCACGGCUGGGUGUCCCUGGAGACUGAGAGAUUGAACCCACGUCGACCUGGAGACCUGAAGGAGGCAUUCAACACUGCUUCACUUCACCCUGACAUAAAAUGGCCGUCAUCAGACGCUGUAACAGGGUUCCAGGAGAUCCAGACGUCUUUCUUCCAGCGCUGUAAGGAGCUGAGUCUGCGGGUGCUGAGGGUGAUGGCCCUCAGUCUGGGUCUGGACCCGGAGGUGUUCCUGAGUGCACACCGUUUAAUAGGAACUGAUGAGAACGGCACAACGCUGCGGUCUCUGUACUACCCGGCGGUGAACAGUGAGAAAGCGAAGGAGGGUCAGCUGCGAUGUGGAGAGCAUUCAGACUACGGCAGCAUCACACUGCUGUUCCAGAGCUCUGAGGGUCUGCAGGUCCGUAAACGUUCAGGUGAAUUUAUCUGCGCUCCCAUCGUCCUUGGAGCCGUCCUCAUCAACAUCGCUGACCUGAUGCAGCGCUGGACCAGCGAUCAGUUUGUCUCUGUGCUCCACAGGGUUUUGCUGCCGCCUGCUGGAGACUCCAGCACACGUCAGUCUCUGGCUUUCUUCGUCCAGCCCGAUGAUGAGGCUCUGAUCACCUGCUGCGACGGCUCCAACAAAUACCCUCCAGUCACAGCAGGUGAAUACCUCAUCGAGCGUUUCAAGGACUCGUACGGGCGGAGCUGAGGAAGGUUUUUAAAAUCGUGCUGUGAGAGUAACUCUUGUCAAAAUGCUGAAUGUUUUUACAUUAUUAAUUGUGAUUUCAACGUCACUGUGUGUGAGCCGAUGUUUAUAACAAAAAGAAGAGAGAGAGGAAGGCCAGCUCAUUCACUUUAUUGUCCACAUUCAAACCGUGUACAAUAGUUUCAUGGAUUUGUUACACAGGACGUUGGGUGGUGGACAGAUUUAAUUGGUUUUAUGAAAGGGACAUAGAAAAAUAAGUAACACCAGACCUGCGAGCAGAUACUGCUGUGAUCCUACAUAGGCUGGGAGACCGAUCUGACUGCUUUUUAAAAGAGACAUAAAAAUAUACCUGUGUUUUUGUCCUCA